AUUUAGGCUGACAAGUAAUACGAACACACUCAUUUACUUGAUUGGUUUAUGAAACUGGGACAAUGCACGGAUGCAUCAGGAUUGAUCUUCAUAUGACUACAUACACUGAACACUAAAGGAUAGAUAGUGAAUGGACAGAUCAAAUCGUUUGUCAACACCAAGGGCUCUGUGAGACAACCACAGAGACAGUAGACUUGAUGUGCUUUGUCACAUGAAGUCAAAACAUCCUCUUUCCUAUGGGAUGUGGAACGAGUUUUCCUGUGAUUCCUCCAGAUCGCAAUUUAGCAUCGACAGUCGAAGAACCCCACCUGCCUGAAGAAAACGAUAGCGGGAUUUUGGAUGCGGACUCCGUUGAUGGAGCCAUCGAGUCCAACGGUAACACGGAGUUGGUAGAAGGUACAUCUGACAUUCAACUGAUACAGACCCAAGAGGAACCAGGGUUACCUACUCCUAGCAAACCACUUGACCAGACUCCAACCCUAUUGUCUACAAUGAGUACGGAUAUACCUCCUUUCAAUCAAGACUGUCUGAAGUUAGCUCAGCAGUUAGUCACCAAACAUCCUCUGUUAAAAUCCGGGUUUGAAGACAUCAACUCCUUAGUAAAUGCUCUCGAAGACGACCCCGCUUUGGCGUCAAACGGAGAACAGAUUAGGGUGCUCGCACAUAAGGCAAUAGGACUUUCAUACGUGAACAAGGAUGAGUCCCACAGACAGAUAUUUGCAGAGUACCUGUCUUACACGCGUGCUGCAGAUGCUAUAUACAAGGCGUAUAGUUUGUAUCUUAAAGCCAGGAAUCUUGAGUUCUUGACGGAUAAAGUAGCUCGAGCACAGCUGACGUCAGAGGGAAGCUACCAAUUUGUCCGUGAUAUUAGGGGGUUGUUGUGGAACUACACAGACGCCAGUGUCCAGUUCGGCGAGAGGGUCUGCAACAGUGGCCUCCUGCGAUAUUUUGUGGGGGACCUGGAGGCUGUUCUGAAAGAAGCUGGUAGCCCUGACAAUGUAUCCGUACGUGACUCCUUCUUCCGGUCUGCUAGGGGUGUCCUCCACAACUGCACCAACAACCCCAUCACCCGCCAACCUAUCAGGGAACUGGGAACAGUAUCUGUUGCCAUGGGCUACCUCAAAGGUGAAGCCCCAGAAAUUAAAAUGAUGAUUCUUCUGCUGCUGGCGAGCAUAAUCGACGAGGAUGACAAUAAAGCUCUUCUAGCAGACAGAACCGUCUUUACCAUAAUGUUGAACAUGAUCUUGUACGCCUGGAGAGAUCAACGUCAUCGCUGCAACGGCUUCUCUGCGUCUGAGCUGAUAGCCGGGCUCACGGGACUGGCGAAGAAUGACGACAAUAAGAAGAUCCUCACAGAGAAGGGAGCGAUCAAUGUACUAAUGACUGUGAUGCAGGAAGGAUCGGAUGAUGAGCGAGAGAAGGCAGUUCAGUGUGUUUGGGAGCUUGCAUUCGACAAGGAUAAUCAACGGAUAUUUUUGGAAAACGCUCAACUGAUGGCAACACUGAGAAAACUGAACGGGUCACUAAACAAGAAACUGUCCAAAGUUUCCGGGGGCGCUCUGUGGGCUAUCACCCAGGAGGAGAAGAGAGAGAACCAGAAAUUGAAGAAGAAAGAUGUGGCGAAGAAGGACGAAAAGGUGCAGGAUGCAGGUCAUAUUAUGAUCAGUUAUCAGUGGGCGGAUCAGAAAAUGCUUAUCAAGGUGAAGGAGUUUUUGAAAGGCCACAACUUUAAGGUGUGGAUGGACAUCGACAACAUGGAGGGGUCCACGCUGCAGGCGAUGGCGGAAGCCGUUCAGAACGCCUCUGUGGUGUUGGUGUGUAUGUCGGAGAGGUACAAGCUGAGUCAGAACUGCAGGUCAGAAGCUGAGUAUGCCUUUGACCUCAGGAAGCCCAUAAUACCCCUUCUUCUACAGAGAGACUACAAGCCCGAUGGCUUUCUGGGAUUGAUCAAAGGGGCAAAACUCUUCUUCGACUUCAGCGGAAAAUACCCUUUCGAAAAGAAAGCUUCGGAGUUGGUGAAGGAACUUGGUGCUCGAGGCAAGGCAGGGUCGUCAGCCGAUAGUAUUGACGGGGAGACAACUGCAGUUGUGAAGUCCCAACCGUCUGAUGCUGGUCGGGGCGCGAGUGGUACAGCCAACUGGUCACAAAAAGAUGUCCAAAACUGGCUUUGUAAACUGAACUUGGAAAAACAUUCUUCGCUGAAAGGUCUCACCGGAAAGCAGUUGAUGUUUCUUCAUAAGAUAUCGUACAAGGCACCAGAAUUCUUCUACAAUUACAUCAAAAAUGACCUGAAGUUGAGCAGUCUGGAAGAUCUGAUGAUCUUCAGUGAGGCUGUGGAGAAUUUGUAAAUGAUUAUAGUUUACUAUAAUCAACUGAAUCAAUGCUCGACCAGGGGUAACCCUUCGCCAGCCUGUCUCUAUGUGAUCUUCAUUCGUAUGGCGCAAACUUACAUACUUCGAGCAUCUGUGACUCAACCUGUUGAUAUAAUGAUGUACAUGGAGUCUGAACACUCUAAUCAUAUCAGGACACUGGAUCAACUUUCAAGAGAGGAGUCACUUGUGCCAUCUACCUACAUGGGAUAUGAGCCCAUCACUGGACCUUGUUUCACAAAGUAGUCGUAGCUUUACGAAGUCGUAAUUCCUAUUUCCUAUGCUUUAACAUGCGCUUUCUACAGUCGUGGCGCUAAGGGGAACGUAACACAAAUAUUAUAACACUUACUUGCGAGAGCCAAAGAGCUAAGGUGAUCGUACUUCAAUACUAACAUAGGGUUACGACAACCGCAGCGCUUAGAUAAUUGUAACUCCGAUACUUUCACGUAGGCUGACAACAUUAGCGCUAAGGUGAUCGUAAUUCUUAUACUUAAAACAGACUUACGACAGUCGUUGCGCUUCGCUUUGUGUUACGGAGCACUGCAGCGGGCAGUAACUCGACAUGUCGACAUUACGAUACUGCUUGUUACUUGUAUAUUUCUACAUUGUAGAAUGUGAGUAUAGGACGAGCUACCAGCACUGGUGUAGGAGUAACUCGACAUGUCGACAGGACAAUUACUGUGUUGGUUUACUACUCCAUCAGCGCAGACGCCUACUUCGAUGUAUUUCCUCGAUAAAACAGGGUAUUGAUGGCGAACAGUCUCCACUACGUCACCUAAGAAUGUGAAAACGUUAUUGUAUAUUUAUAAUUGUUAUGAAUGACAUCUACGCAUACCCAUAAAAAUGUUUUUUCUUU